AAGAAUCGAGAUUCGCUAUCGUUUGUGUUUUUAGCAGACAGUAUGCAAAAUGGCGUUGUUCAUGUCAGUGGUGUCUUUCACAUUUUCGCUAUUUCUCACGCCAUUUCUUAUGUUCUUACUUGCUAUUAUAUUUCUCGCGUCAAUCGGUAAAUCAUUUGGAAUAAGAAAACUUUACAUAAAACUGCUUCUCACAUUAUUCGAGUAUGGUAGACAAAAUAUCGAGAAGGUGCGAAAUGAAAAAAAUAAUUAUGAACAUGGUACGGGGGAAAGCGAGGACGAGGGUGGUGGCUCAUCACCAUCGACUGAAAAGCCCCCCACAUCCAAUAACUCCAAGGAAAACUGUAAAAACGGAUCCAUAGGAAACACAGUGAUAGCAAGAUCAAAGGAGCUUAUCCUGGUACCUGAGCCGGAAACCCACAAAGACAAUAAUACCACUGAAAAACAAGAAAUCAAAUCAAAUUGCGUUGACAACAAGAACGAUGUAAACUAUACUAUCAUAAAACCUGAGGAUGGAGUAUUAUAAAUUUUUUAAUCAUUCCAGUGCAUUCUCACUCAACAGAAAUCAUUCGAGACCCUUGAAACAGUAUUCGAUCCAGCAUUUUGUUUGGACUACAUAAAAGCAGGGGUAGAGGCCAUAAUCGAGGAUGAAGUCACGUCUAGAUUUGAAGCUGAAGAAUUAAAAAACUGGAAUCUUCUCACGAGAACCAACAGAAGAUACGAAUUCAUAUCGUGGAGACUGACUGUCAUAUGGAUGUUUGGAUUUUUCAUGAGGUACUGCUUCCUCCUACCCCUGAGAAUUCUAAUUUGCCACAUCGGUGUUUUCUACCUUGUAAUAGCAACAGCAUUGGUUGGUUUCCUCCCGAAAGGCCGUCUAAAAACAGGGUUGUGUGACUUUGUGUAUACAAUUUACUAUCGCAUUAUGGCUAGAGCAUUAUCAAGUGUAAUAAGAAUUCACAAUCCAGAUUACAAACCAAAACCAGGUGGCAUUUGUGCAGCAAAUCACACGUCAGUUCUGGACGUUUGCAUCUUGUCAACGGAGACAACAUUUUCAUUGGUGAUGUGGCUGACAAUUUGCACAGCAGUAGUUGGCUACAUACCAGAGGGGAAUUUUAAACGAUGGGUUAACUACAAUGUCUCCCUCAUGUGUUUUGCCGUUUUAUCCAGCGCAUUGUCAUCAGUUAUAACGUACCACAACCCUGAAAAUCGUCCAGUCAGAGGCAUUUGCGUCGCUAAUCACACAUCACCCAUCGACGUACUUGUACUCAUGCGCGAUAAUUGCUACUCGUUGAUUGGACAGAGACAUGGGGGAUUUUUAGGGAUUCUACAGCGAGCAUUGGCACGUGCUUCUCCUCACAUCUGGUUUGAGCGAUCCGAGGUGAAAGACAGAGAAGCUGUUACCAAAAGGUUGAAAGAACAUAUAUCAGAUCCUUCGAAUCCUCCGAUUUUGAUAUUUCCGGAAGGUACUUGCAUCAAUAAUACGUCAGUCAUGCAAUUUAAGAAGGGCAGCUUCGAAGUUGGGGGUGUUAUUUACCCAGUGGCAAUUAAGUAUGAUCCAAGAUUCGGUGAUGCUUUCUGGAAUAGCAGUAGAUACUCAAUGCUCCAAUAUCUCUACAUGAUGAUGUCUAGUUGGGCGAUAGUUUGUGACGUGUGGUAUCUUCCACCGAUGUACAGGGGUGAGGGUGAGAGUGCCAUCGAUUUUGCAAAUCGUGUAAAGUCUGUUAUUGCGAGACAAGGCGGCCUUGUGGAUCUCCAGUGGGACGGUCAGUUGAAGAGGAUGAAACCGAAGAAGGAAUGGAGAGAAAAACAACAGGAAGAAUUCAGUAAACGACUGAAGGUGGAAUAGAUGACAUUCACUGCCUAGUCACGAACUUUUACAAUAACCAAAUGAUCCAAAAAUAUUGGAUAAACUGUGCGCAAGGCUCAUAUUAAUCGAGUCAAUUCGUGAGUGAUUCAUCGGGGCUAACUAGAGUUUAAAAAACAAAAUGAUAUACACUUGGUAAACGAGACCCGAACGUUAUCAUUUGCAGGUUUGGUGAUGAACCAUUCACAUAAUUAAUUUAUUGCCCCGUAAUUGAUAAAUUGUUUUACUGAUGUCAAAUAAUUUAUCCCUAGACAAUUUUUGAUAAAUAGGUUGAAUAGCAGUGGGCGUGGCUGUAUUGAUAAAUUGAAGAUAUUUUUUUUUUCAUAGAAAUUAUGAGAUUUAACUAAUUUUCUCCUGAUUUUUUUGUUACCGCCGAACCAAAAAUUAUCUAUGUAUAUUUUGCUACUUUUAUAUUUCAAAUGAUGAAAAAAAUAUUCUUCAAAGGCCCUUAUACGAAUCAUUGGUUGGGUGGUGAAUCUUUAGGGAUUCGUAGUGAAAUAAUUGAGAUUUGUUUGGAUUUUAAGAGUUGGAAUGAACGUGAGAAUGAAAACCAAUGGUGAAGUGGUACAGCGUAGUAAUUCACGUGAGACUAUUAACGGGGUAAUUAAUUAUUCCAUGAAUGGAAAUUAACGUGCACCACUUCACUAUUGACCUCAUCAUCGCCUGAUGUGUUUCAGGCUUUUUCGUGAAUCUUAUACGAGAAAACAUCAUGAAAUCGAUAUUUUUUCUUUCAUUAUUCACUCAUUACUGCCAUCGAUAAUUAGUCUUGCUAAUUUAUAUUUGCAUUAGACGCUUCAGUUGAAAAUAAAUCUGGCCUGGUGCUUCAACAGAACAAAUUAUACAAAAAAUACAAUAGAAAUAGCAGUUUUAUCACUUCAUUUCCCGUUAUCGAUUUUUUUCUGACAAUAUAUUUCAUUUUGCCUGAAUGAUUGUGGGUUAAAAAUUAAUCAAAGAGAUUCAUGAAAGUAAUAAUUCUCCAUUAAUAAUGUUUAUUUGUCAAGUAUUUGUUAACGGAAGUAUUUUUAUAAAAAGAAUAAUAUUUUACACGUUUCAAGUAAUUGUCUGAUAUUUUUGUAAUUUUUAACUUGACAAAUAAACAUGGCAUUCAUUAGUUAAUUCAUAUUUUCAAUAAAAUGCAUGCGAAUGGCAAUUCUUCAAUGCAUGCGUUAGGCGCAAAUUGUUCACCUAGUCAUUAAUAAUUUUGUUUAUUAUCUAGUACUAUUUGACUCAUUACGUUUGUCAUCUGUUGGCAUUGUACUUGAUACUUGAGAAAUCAUUGCAAUCGACUCUAGUGCAAACAGCCCUCGGUAAAUAAAAAAAAAAUUUACACGAAACAUUUUCAUUUACCAUAAAAUUCUCAUAUCCUGUUCAUUUUUAUUAGAAAUACUCUCAUUACAUCUGAAAAUUUAUUCAUACCGAUUAAAUCGUGAAGAAAUUGUAAGCCUGAAUAUAUGAAACGAUGAAACUUGGUGAUUACUGAUCUUGCUAAUAUGUUUUCUAACGGGAAAGAUAAUGUUGAAAUAAACGUUUGUAUUAUAUAUUUG